AUAAAAAUCACUGCAAGACGGCCAUUUUUAUUUCAAUGUUAACGUCUGUUAUUGUCUGUUAUUCUUAUUUAUUUAGUUACUUUUAUACAAGAAAGAAAAGCAAUGUGUGCUCAACUGCUGGUUAACCCUAGUCACGAGGCAAACCAAGACCAGACCCAUGAAAUUAGAAUAAUACCACCAGAAAGUGAAGAUAUGAUAACCAUUUGUAUUGCAAUUUCGGAUGUCAAUGGCGACGACAUUAACGUGCGUGAGGUGAAGACUGAAAUAUUUAGGAAAGAGAAGAUACUUAACCCAGAUGCCUUUACAAUGGUUGCUAUCAACAAGCGCAAAACAGAAAGAGAAAUGGAUGAAAAUGCAAGCAUACUGGAUUACUUUGAAGAAAUGAGCAAUGGCCAUUUCAAAUUUCGUUUAAAGGCGUAGGAGUAGUAUUAAUUGAAAUCAUAAUUUUAUAUAUAUAUAUAUAUAUAUAUAUAUAUAUAUAUAU